AUGCCUACUGAAAUCAAAGACGCAGUUCCAGAUCUGAUAAUUGGAUCUGGGUCCGAAGAAAAAAAUGAUGAAUCGAAUAAGGAGCAGGGUAUUCUAAAUGAGGAAGACAGUUCAUUCAAACCGGCCAAGAAAGUGACUUUUGCCGAUGAUAACAAAUUAUUUGAAGAGGAGGCCGAGAAGGAGAAACGGAAGAAGGAAUUUGAGGAAGGAGGAGGACUUCCAGAGCAACCUGACCACCCAGAUUUUGCCAAAUUCACACCUCUUUCUCCUGAGAUCAUUAACCGUCAAGCCACAAUUAACAUUGGUACCAUUGGUCAUGUGGCCCACGGUAAAUCUACUGUGGUCAAGGCCAUUUCGGGAGUUCAAACAGUCAGAUUUAAAAAUGAAUUAGAGAGAAAUAUUACCAUUAAACUUGGUUAUGCCAACGCUAAGAUCUACAAAUGUGAUAAUCCAGAGUGUCCAGAACCUGACUGUUACCAUUCUUACAAAUCUGACAAAGAGAUUCAUCCAAAGUGCGAAAGACCUGGCUGCGAUGGAAGAUACAACUUGAUUCGUCAUGUUUCAUUUGUUGACUGUCCUGGUCACGAUAUCUUGAUGAGUACGAUGCUUUCUGGUGCUGCAGUGAUGGACGCUGCGUUGUUGUUGAUUGCAGGUAAUGAACCAUGCCCACAGCCGCAGACGUCCGAACAUUUGGCUGCUAUAGAAAUUAUGAAGUUAAAGCACGUGGUUAUCCUUCAAAACAAGGUUGAUUUGAUGAAGAAGGAAGCUGCUUUGGAGCAUGAGAAGUCCAUUCUUAAGUUUAUUAAGGGUACCAUUGCUGAUGGUGCACCGAUCAUCCCGAUUUCGGCCCAGUUGAAGUAUAAUAUUGACGCAGUUGACAUGUGCAUGGUGAAGAAUAUUCCAGUUCCAUUGAGAGAUUUCUCUGCCCAACCAAGACUGAUGGUGAUUCGUUCGUUCGAUGUGAAUAAGCCAGGUUCUGAUAUUGAUGAGUUGAAGGGAGGUGUUGCUGGUGGUUCUAUUCUUACCGGUGUGUUCAAGAUUGGUGAUGAAAUCGAGAUUAGACCGGGUAUUGUCACCAAAGAUGACAGUGGAAAGAUUCAGUGUAAGGCUAUUUUCUCUCACAUCGUGUCACUCUUUGCUGAGAACAAUGACUUAAAGUUUGCCGUUCCUGGUGGCUUGAUUGGUGUGGGUACUAAAAUUGAUCCUACUCUAUGUAGAGCAGAUAGAUUGGUGGGACAGGUUGUUGGUGCCAAGGGUAGCUUGCCUUCGGUGUUCACGGAUAUCGAGAUUAACUACUUCCUUUUAAGAAGAUUACUUGGUGUGAAAACUGAUGGACCGAGACAGGCCAAGGUCCGUAAGUUAGAAGUGGACGAUGUUCUAAUGGUGAAUAUCGGUUCUACUGCUACUGGAGCCAGAGUGGUGGCUGUUAAGGCAGAUAUGGCCCGGUUAACUCUCACCUCUCCUGCUUGUACUGAGAUCAACGAAAAGAUAGCAUUGUCUAGACGUAUUGAGAAGCACUUCCGUUUGAUUGGUUGGGCCACCAUUAAGAAGGGUACUACGAUUGAUCCUGUCAAUUAG